GCCGCCAUUUCCUUCUACUUCCACUGAGUUUGCACUACUUCUCUUCUUCUAGAAUCUAGGGUUUCUCGAUCUCAGGCUGUUGCCUGGGCUUCUACACUCUAAAAGGGCUCCACCAAAAUGGAAGAAUCCUCGUCUCCAUCAGUGUGCGAUUUCGAGCUUCUGGACACCUUGGGCGGCGAUUCCAUUAAAGAAAUUCUCGAUAGCUACAAUGGCUUCUGUUCGACCUCCGACGCUCUUCUCAACCCCACCUCCGUCAACCUCUCCGUCGGUCGUGAAUUCGUAUCACACGCCGGCGUGCUCUGCAAGCACGGACUCCACUCCCUUGUGCGCGACCUGUUCCUCAAAUCUUUGGAGGAAACUUUUGAGAGACGCGGAGCUUUGAGAUUUUGGCAGCAUUUUGAUGCUUAUAAGGACGAUUCAUUGGAGAAGAAGAGUAAGAAUAUAGCUCCAAUUGAUGACAGUGAGGUCCAGCAAGUGUUGUGUAAAGCACUUGAUGAGAUUUCGGCCGUGAAACGAUAUCAGGAAAACUGCUUGUUGAUGUUGGUUGAUGCUUUAGAAACCGAUGACGAGAGGCAAUAUCUUCGCUCAAAGUAUCAAUUGGUGGUAUCUUCAGUUCUUAUGGCUAGCCUUCCGCGGCAUUUUCCUGAAAUACUACACUCGUAUUUUAAGGGGAAGUUGGAGGAACUAAGUGCAAUCAUGAAGGGAGAGAGUGAAGGUGACGAUGACUCUGAAAACGAUGAUAUGGAAUUAGAUGAAGAAGGAAAAUCAUCUCAUAAAAAUGGAGCUAUGGAUGUUGAUGAAUGUUUUUCCCAGGGUAAGUUUACUGAGAAUAACAAAUUGGUGAAGAACAUCGGGGAGGUAGUACGCCAUCUCAGAAGUCUUGGAUUUACUUCUUUGACUGAAGAUGCUUAUGCCUCUGCCAUCUUUCUGCUUCUCAAGGAUAAAGUAAAUGAUCUCGCUGGUGAUGAUUACAGAGGUUCAGUUUUGGAGUCGAUCAAACAUUGGAUACAGGCUGUUCCUCUCCAGUUCUUGACUGCGCUUCUGGAAUAUCUUGGUGAUUCCAUUAGCCAAAGUAGUCCUUCAGCUAGUAAAGUAUCACCUUUGGCUUCUCAGUCAUCACCACUGUAUCCUGCAAGCAAUGCACCUUCCGAAGGACUCAUCAGAUGGCAAUUGCGGCUGGAGUAUUUUGCUUAUGAGACAUUACAAGACUUGAGAAUUGCCAAGCUGUUUGAAAUUAUUGUUGACUAUCCUGACAGCUCUCCUGCCAUUGAGGACCUGAAACAAUGCCUUGAGUAUACAGGACAACAUUCUAAGCUUGUGGAGUCCUUCAUUUCAGCACUACGAUAUCGUUUACUCACCGCUGGUGCUUCAACCAAUGAUAUAUUGCACCAGUAUGUCUCAACUAUAAAGGCAUUACGAACAAUUGAUCCAACUGGUGUGUUUCUUGAAGCUGUUGGUGAACCAAUAAGAGAUUACUUACGGGGUCGAAAGGAUACCAUAAAAUGCAUUGUGACCAUGCUUACUGAUGGAAGUGGAGGGAAUGCCGCUGCAUCUGGGAUCACUGGGGAUAGCCUACUUGAAGAGCUAAACAGGGAUGAUGAAGGGCAGGAUAAUAUUGGUGCAAAUGACGACUUCAAUACUGAUGACAAGCAGGCAUGGAUAAAUGCUGCUAACUGGGAGCCUGAUCCUGCAGAGGCUGAUCCAUUGAAGGGAAGCAGGAACCAUAGCAAGGUCGAUAUUUUAGGGAUGAUAGUCAGCAUAAUUGGUUCAAAAGACCAACUCGUAAAUGAAUACCGUGUAAUGUUAGCUGAAAAGCUUCUGAGCAAAUCUGAUUACGACAUCGCCUCUGAGAUACGUACUUUGGAACUCCUCAAGGUAGGUUGUCUAUGUAGGACUUUGAUACAUUUUGGGGAAAUUAGCAUGCAGAAGUGUGAAAUCAUGCUUAAUGAUCUGAUUGAUUCAAAGAGGACGAACCACAACAUUAAAACAACAAUACAACCAUCUCAAAUAGGAAACGAAGAACGGGAAAUGGGGGCAACUAUCGAUAUUCUUGAUGCUACAAUCAUCUCCUCCAACUUUUGGCCUCCUAUCCAGGAUGAGGACCUCACUCUACCAGCACCAGUUGACCAGCUCCUCACUGAUUAUGCAAAAAGGUUUCAUGAAAUCAAGACUCCUCGGAAACUGCUUUGGAAGAAGAAUCUUGGCACGGUCAAGUUGGAGUUGGAAUUUGAAGAUAGGGAAAUACAAUUUACUGUGACACCUAUACAUGCCGCGAUUAUCAUGCAAUUCCAAGAUCAGAUAAGUUGGACCUCAAAUAAGCUUGCCGCUGCCCUUGGUGUACCAGUGGAUGUUCUGAAUCGAAGAAUAAAUUUCUGGAUAAGCAAGAAAUGUGAUAUUAUGCAGGGAAUUGUAUCUGAAUCUCUUGGGACAGAACCAAACGACCAUGUCUUUACCCUCGCUGAGGGUAAUACUGAUGCGGGUAAGAAUGCUGGCAACGGUGGUUCCUGUGAGGAGAUGUUACCUGGUGACGAAGAAGGGGAAAGCUCUGUAGCAUCUGCGGAGGACCAACUGCGCAAGGAGAUGACCGUAUAUGAGAAAUAUAUAAUGGGGAUGCUCACAAAUUUCGGCAGCAUGGCUUUGGAGCGCAUUCAUAACACUCUCAAGAUGUUUUGUGUUGCUGAUGCUCCAUACGAUAAGUCGCUUCAACAGCUGCAGAGCUUUUUGUCAGGGUUAGUCGCAGAAGAGAAGGUAGAGCUGAGAGAUGGGAUGUACUUCUUGAAGAAGUAAUAUAAUCGAGUAAACAAAUCCUUGGCUGAAAUACGUUGGUGUAGUUUCCAAGAAACACGGCCGUGAUUGAGGAAAUAACAAGCAUAAAACAGGUUUGGGGACUAUGGAACCCCAGCGUGACGACAUAUGAUAUGGUAAAUCAAGCAACUUUUUUGGGACCCGUCGGAACUCCAACCACUAACUGUCACAACAAUCGAGGAGAGGUUGAUUCAUCACAAAAUGAACUGAUGUUUCUACUAUGUAAAAGGAAGUUGGAGAUGAAAAAUGUAGGAACAAGAAAUUAUCGAAGUGGGAAUUGAACUCCGCUCCACUCUAUGUAUUUAUAUAUCCACAAAGUUUGAGACAGGUUCUAACACCG